AUGUUACUAUCCGAGUCGAAAACAAACCUCCUAGACAUUGAGAAAAGUGAAUCCUCAGAAGAUCCAAAACAGCGUAUGAAAACGUCAUCGAGCCCCAUGAAACCUUUACCAAGGAGGAUAAUCCUAGACAAUGAAAAUGACGAUGACGAUGAACGUUUGGCUCGACGGAAGUCUCGUCUACUUGAACCUCAUCCCGCUAGUGUGAGUAGUCCAAGUGCGAAUUCCUCUGCUAAACGCCGUGUAGAUGCUGAACCUCCACGAGGUAUACCUCCAGCACAAAUUGGAGAACAUUAUGGCAAUUGUAUUCGACUGGCUGCAGAAAAUAAGAUCACAGCAAAAAAUGCUUUCAACUUACAUCUCAUAGAUUAUAUGAGUGAAAUGAUAAAAAAAGAAGACUUCACAAGCUUCCAGAUCGCCAGUUCAUCGUUGGAUGCUGGGGCGAAGAUAUACGCUGGCCGUGUGGAUGCUGUUCAUCAAGAAACUUAUCAAGUGCUUACGGGACUCGGUCGUUCAGGUAACCCUCAAAAUGCAGAAGUCGAGAGCGAUACUAACAAUGCUGAUGAGAAUGAUGAUUCACAUGUUCAAUCUAAACCACAACAAAAGAAAAAGACUGCAGUACAUCGGGAUGUGAUUCAAAAACAAUUGAAUAAAAUUCGGAUUAAGACACUAGCUGAUAAAGUCGAUGUUGAUCCCUUAUUUCAACAUCAAACGGCUGUUUAUGACGAUGGUGGUACUGCUGAGUUACGGUUAAAUCAACUCUUUACUGCAAAUGCUUCAUGUGAGUUAAUCUUGGAUUCAUCAACACCUGUCAUGCUGCGUAAAGUGGCUAAUACGCAACCAACAACUCCCAUGAAUAUUACAAAUGUUACUGAGUUUUUGUCUACUAUACUUACAAAAUCUUUAAAUCAAUUAUCAAUAUGUUCUACUUUACAAAACUUUCGUUUCACGGAUUGGAACCCAAACAAGAACACUUUCGAUUUAAGUGAUCAAAUUAAUUUGGAUACAACUAUUCAGCAAGUUGAUCCACUUAAUCUGGAGAUUAAUGACGAUGACAACGGAUUUGACCCUCUUCCAUCCCAGGAUGAUAGUCUUGAUGAUAACACGAUACAUGAGGAUGUUAACUUAGAACCAGUAUUCGAGAAAGACACGCAAGUUGAAGUGGAUGGCUUAUCACCAAAAGCCGUAGACAGUAAAAUUGAACAAAAUGCUGUGAUGACUGAUGUUCCCACCAACGAAAAUACAACAACAACAACUAUUACUACUACACCAGACAGUGAAUUGUUUGUAGCUUCUUUAAAAAGUAUGUUAGAUAAACAGUUUGAACACUUUGGAAAGUUAAACGAUCAUCUAUUGGGUAUGUGGGCAGGACCUGAGCAUUGGCGUAAAAAAGCCAAAAGACCAAGACUGGACAUUGGGGUUAAAUCAAAAGAAGACAAUCAUGAAGUGGACUUAGGACAUGCAGUGGAUGGAGAUGAGAUAGAAAUUGUUAAAACUGUGGGAAAUCGUAAAAUUAAAAAAUCCAAAAAAGAUAAAGGUCAAAAAGUUUCUUAUGCAGAAGCACACAAAUCAGGCGAGAAUCGAACAAGGAGUGGACGAUUGUGUCGUCAGGAUUGGUCCAAUAAUGGUUUAGCUGGUGUGCAGAACAGUGCUACUCCCAACGCGACUGUAUUUAAAGAAUCAUAUCGACAAAAAAAGCCGGGUGAAGUUAACAACAAUAUGAAUGGGAAUUCUGAUUUAUGUGCAGUGUUAUCAGUUGGUGGUACAGAUAGACCUUUAAAUGUAUACGAUGAUGAUGUAAAUGAUGGGGCAGAUGAUCAUUUGGACAACCAUCAAGAUGAUGAUGACGAUGAUGAUAUACUAAUGCCUUUCGAAUGUAGCUUUACACAGAAUACUGCUAACAAUGACGGUGAAGUUGAUGGCUUCGAGUUAAUUUCACAACCGAAUAAAGUAGCUCGCAUUGAAAUUGGUUAUGCUCGAACUGCAAAAAUGAUAAAUAUCCAACGCUUGAAGUUUGCUAUGUGGGGAUUCCUUGAAAAUACUGUUCCUCAUGUUAACACGAAUGUCCCAUCUCUUUCUCCAUCAUCUGUAGCUUCUACGACUUCAGCUCCUGAUGGAGUUAGCUUAACAGAUGAUGCUGCAUGUUCGCCCAGAUUACACGAAAGCCAACAGCAACAACCAAUGAAUGAAUGCAUCACUGUAUCAGACGGUGGGAAAACUUCAUGUUUGCCUAAGGUCUCUGGUGCUAAAAGUUUGUCAGAAGUUAUCGAUAGUUUAUCAAGCCGCAUAAGUUGGCGAAUGGCUAAGGAACUCAGUGUUUCAAUCGCCUUAAAUUGCCUCUUGCAUUUGUCCAAUGAAAAGCAAUUAUAUUUGGAAAGUGUGGACAGUUUUUCGGAUAUCUUCAUUUCUCAAGGAUUACCCUCCUUUGAAAUGCGACAUCUUGAAUCCUAUGCCAAUGCAUAUAACAAUACCCCCAACAUACCAAGUGAUAAACAAAAUCAAGUCACCAAAAACGUAAUAAAGCUAAACAUAUGCGUGUAUCAACACUUGAUUCCUGGCUUCGCUUUUUAUGCAGAAGAUAGCACUUGGUUAUCUUUCAAUAUCAAUAUAAUUAAAAGCAAGCGACUUUUUAUGAACGACAGUUAUGAUAAUUCUAUAGAGAACGUGAAUGUGACGGAGAAUGGUAAAGACCAACUUGUUGAUUGGUUAGCAAACAUUGGACCGUCUUCUUCAGUAGAAUUUACUCCUAAAAUCUCAUUAGACGAACAUAAUAAAGAACCAAUCCGAAGAGUACGCUCAGAUGCUUGUAGAAGAUCUAUGCAAGCCAGAAGAUGUUUAUUCCACUUAAGAAAAUUGAAAACUCUUCCAAGUAAACAUCAGCUCAUUUUUAUGAUGCAUAAUAAACAAGACGAAGAUAUUUGUACAACUUCUACAUCUGUAGAAGAGAAGAUUCCCAUCUCAUCUUACACACGGGAUGAUUUCAAUUCUUCAAAUGAUACAAAAUCUAAGAAAGUUAUAUCAUAUCAAGAUUAUCUAGCUUUACCAAUUCAAAUACGUUAUCCAUUAAAUUAUAUUGGAAAUUUAUUUGAAGAUAUCACUCCUCAAAAUGAUAUUUCCAAUGAGAAUGAGAAUAAUCGUGAAGAGUAA